UUGGGUGUUUCUGCCUUUGUUAAGCGCUAUGAGAUGACUUGUUGUUGUAAAUAUGUGCUAUACAAAUACAGUUGAAUUGAAUGGAAUUUUUGAUCGUAAUGUCACCGCAACAAUUGGAAAAUCCUACACAUUCGUGCAUUGUGAGGCUUAUGUGGCCAACCUUACUUUUUCUUUUGAUCGCAUGCCACAGGUGAGAGCACUGGAAAUUUUAAAGAUGAGAGACAUUCAGAGAAACUUUAAGAAAACUAUGUUGGUGGAAACUUUAAGACCUAUUGAAACCAAUAAAGAAGGACUGGAUGGGUUACUGUACCUAAACUCAGCUGGUGUAUACAUGUGUGUGCUUCUCUCCUGCUGUCUGUGCAGAGAUACACUGCACUUUAAUACAGCAACAUUUUAUCACAAUAAAAUGUUUCAAGACCAGUGUUAUUUCUGAGUGCCUGGCAGGAGGACUGAUGUGACAAUGUGGCACAUAACAUCAAAUUGAGAAGAGUCUCCUUUAUUUGCUCUUUUGUUAUAUUUCUAAUUCAAUUCAAUUUUCCUUUUAUAUGUAGUGUCAGUUCACAAUACAUGCUGUCUUAUCGCACUUCACAUAGCAAUGUGAAGAUCUUACGAAUUUUAGAGAAAGAAUAGAGAACCCAACAAUCCAAAGUUGCCUUUGGAUUGCCUAUGAGCAAGCAGCAGUGGGAAGGAACCAAAAAAAAAAACAAGACCUCUGAUAUUACACCACCCGCACAGGUGCCCAUAUGCUCCUUAACUUUUGGUCAAGUCUAUCACCUAUAACAUGGUGGGGUGGUUAAUGUUUUGAUAUUAUUUGUUUAUUUGACUGUUGCAAGGGCCUUUAGUUCUCUUUCCUGCUGCGAUGAACCCGUUUUCUCAUGCAGAUCAUUUCCUAGUUAAGGUCCGAGCACCCAAUGAGGGUGCGAAGACCUUAUUGGAACUGCUCAGUUUGGUUUUUCUGAUAUAUCUUCUCACCCACCUUAUCUUUCAUUCCAUGUUUUGUCAGCGUGGGAGUGGUUCUAAAGCAGCUUCCAGCCCAGCAGAGAACUACCACCUGGCCCGACGUCGCACCCUGCAGGUUGUUGUCAGUGCCCUGCUGACAGAGUGUGGCUUUGAGAGUGCAGAGAAGGCAGCAGUGGAAACGCUCACUGAGAUGAUGCAGAGCUAUAUCACUGAAAUUGGUCGAUGUGCCAAAGCAUAUUGUGAACACACAGCCAGGAGCAUUCCAACUCUGCCGGAUACAGUCGUGACGCUCAUUGAAAUGGGUUUCAAUGUUGACACCCUGCCUGUAUAUGCCAAAAGAUCACAAAGGAUGGUCAUCACUGCCCCUCCAGUGACGAAUGCACCUGCGCCUCCCAAAGCGUUGUCAGCUGGACAGAAACGCACACAUCCGCCUCACAUCCCCAGCCACUUCCCAGAGUUUCCCGACCCUCACACCUACAUCAAAACACCUACGUUCAGAGAGCCUGUGUCGGAGUACCAAGUGGUGAGAGAAAAGGCAGCAACUCAGAGGAGGGAUGUGGAGCGCGCCCUCACACGCUUCAUGGCCAAGACCGGAGAAACUCAAAGCCUCUUCAAAGACGACAUCACUGCCUUUCCUUUGAUCGCAGCCCGGCCAAGUACUAUCCCAUAUCUUAGCGCCCUCCUACCGUCAGAGCUGGAACUGCAGACACUGGAGGAGACAGACUCGUCUGAGCAGGACGACCAGACCGACAGCGAGAACACAGCAGGAAACAUCAUCACAGAUGAUCCAGGAGCUGACAAAGAGAACUCCAUGCUUCCUCCCAGCGGCGUUGUUCCAUCCGCCAAGGCCAACGAGGACAACGUGAUUGACAACCCGUACCUCCGGCCAGUCAAGAAACCCAAAGUGAGGAGGAAGAAAUGAAUCAGGGCUGUCCUGUACCAACAGACUCCUAUUUGCCCAAGUGGUUGGUGCUUUCAGCAGUCCAGUUGACGAUUCCCUCCACAGAGAGGAGCAGUUCUGUGUUGAAACUGGCUUUGUGAGCCGGGACCAGCGGCUGCCGUUUCUCAGUUGGAGGACAAGUAUUGCUGUUGACUUUGACAUACAGACUGACUUCUGUUGAAGAUAAACUUUGUUUUGCUAACCGUCACCUUUUCAGCAAGCACUCAGCUUGUUUAAUAUUUGUCUGACGUCAUUUUGUAAGCAACAUUGCUGUGUAACCUUACAUGAAUCCAGUCAUGUUGUGAAUAAAGAAAAAUAAGUUUCUUUUUUAAACUCUGA